CCUAGUUUUCACCUUCGUCUUCCUUCAGCACCGGCAGCAGAACGCAGCUCGCAGACUCAGAGAGCUACAAUGGGGAUCGAUCUCGUCGCAGGAGGUAAGAGCAAGAAGACCAAGAGGACUGCGCCCAAAUCUGAUGAUAUCUAUCUCAAGUUACUCGUCAAGCUUUACCGCUUCCUUGUUCGUCGUACUGGAAGCAAGUUCAAUGCUGUGAUUCUCAAGCGCCUGUUUAUGAGCAGGGUUAACAAGCCUCCACUUUCUCUCUCUAGGCUUAUCCAGUUCACGAAAGGAAAGGAAAGUAAGAUUGCUGUCGUUGUUGGGACUAUUACCGAUGAUAUUCGUGUCUAUGAAGUUCCACCAUUGAAAGUUGCUGCUCUGAGGUUUACUGAGACAGCAAGGGCAAGGAUUGAGAAGGCUGGUGGGGAGUGCUUGACAUUUGACCAGCUUGCUUUGAGGGCUCCACUGGGUCAGAACACGGUUCUUCUUAGAGGUUCUAAGAACUCCCGGGAGGCUGUGAAGCAUUUUGGUCCCGCGCCUGGUGUACCGCACAGCCAUAGCAAACCGUAUGUGAGGUCGAAGGGUAGGAAGUUUGAGAGGGCAAGAGGAAAGAGAAACAGCAGGGGAUACAGGGUUUGAUUUGAUCUUACGUUGUUUUCAAGCUAAUUCAAUGCUAGUGUGUGUUAUUUUGAACUCAAAAUGCAAAUUUUGGUAGAUUUUAGUUACCUAUCAGUUGUUCCAUCUCUGCUUACGAUUCUGCCGUAAUAUUGUUGAUUACGAAUCGAUCGAAUGCUACUCAGCGAGACUUUUAUAGUCCUUUUGUUUGAUUUUGUGA